UACAACAGAGGACAGCAGGCUGAGCAGCUUCACUCACUCGGUCGGCGCUGAAGAAUGAAAAUGAAGCAAUAACUAAUAAACUCUUUUUCUCAGGUGAUUAUUUUAAAUUGCCUGCACUUUGUCUCCCACUGUAACCAGUUAUUCUUAUUGCCCUCUUAUAGCACACCCCACCUCCCCACCAACUGAGACUAGACUAGACCAUACCAACUCUGACGUGAUGGGAGGGGGCUUGGCUGCGGUACCGUGACAACUGCAUCCUUUGGGUCACCCGUAACAAGCUGACUGAUGCUUGAAUUUUUUCCCGGUGACAUUUUUGCAGUGGUAUAAAAAUCCCCGCAGGCUCACCAGCCUGACGCGGGAGGUGCGCAGAGGUUUUCGAGCUGCGUUUCCCUCCUCGUGUCUCAUACACUCUUGAGCCAGUCAGCAGAGCAGGCUGAACAAAGCCAUGGGAGAGAGAGAGAGGAGCUUCUGGGAAGAAAUGUCUCUCACUGACUCUGUCGCCUCGACAACCGGGUAAGAAAGGAGGGGAGGGAGAGAAAGGACUGGGGAGCAUAAAAGGAGAGGAAAACAACACAUUAUGAACUGCCGGGGUUAGAGGAUUCUUGCAGAGUGAGGGGAGGAUAGUGGAUUUGUUUUUGUGUGGGUUUCUCUGCUGAGGGCUCCCUCAGUGUGCCUCUUGAUGAGUUAUUAACUAUGACAUUAAAACACUAACUGAUCAUUUCUCUCCCCCCCACAUGAGUGCGUGGAGCAGAUGAAAUUGCAGAGCACAAGUUCAGCACAUUACAAGUGGACCAAACAGGCCUGAUCGCCCCACCUGUAAUUUUUGUUUCAUCAGCCUCAGGUGCCGCAAUGGAUGUGGAUGAUGAGCCGUUGCUGUUUCACACCAGCUGGGGUGGUGGAGAAGAGGAAGAGGAGGAGGAGCUGGAGGAAGAUGAUGGAGCAGCACACGCCGCAGAGCAGAGCUGUUCUUCAGGGGAUGCUGGGGUUUGUGGACUGUGGAAGGUAGUGGGGUGGGUUUACACGCAACCCUGGGCCAGUGGGGCGGUUUUAGGGGCAGCUGUCCUGCUGCCAUGUGCCCUCUUUGCCUACAUGCUGCUCUACUGCCCUCCUCUGGACAUAGACCUCUCCUACAGUGCCUUUGAGGUUCACAGCCACUUCUCAGCUGAACGUUUUGACGCCCUCGCCAUCGCCGUAAAGACUCAGCUGGGGUCGUGGGACAGACGCAGGCGAGACAUAGAUAACAUGGAGUCUGAGGCGCUGCGAGAGCUUCUGCUGGAAAAGCUUGGCAGGAAGGGAGUGUUCAAUAAGAUGGAUAAUGAGGACACGGGGUCCUCCGCUCCUCAAAGGGACCCUUUACAAGCCAGCGAUCAUCAGAAGAGAGGAGCUGCAGCAAGCAGAGAUGAAAGGACAGCGCCUCAUCUGGGUCAGGGGGAAACGGGGACGCAUGAAAGCAUAAAUCCAGGAAAAGAGGAGGAAGAGGCGAGAUUAGGGCAUGGAAAUUCAACUUUUUCCCUCAUUAGGAAGCGCAGAUUUGUUCCCAAUUAUUACUUACAGAGCCAGGCUCUGUGGAGGAUUGAGCUGGUGUUUGUGGCUCAAGGCAAAGGCGAGCGCAACAUCUUCACUCCAGAGCGCCUGCAGACGAUACACCAAGUUGAGCGGCUGCUCAUGCAGCACCCACAGUUUCAUCAGUUCUGCUGGAAGCCUCUGGAGUUACUGAGGGAUCUGCCACUGGGGCCGUCCUACUGCUCCCCACCCAGCUCCCUCCUGUCAUACCUCUACCCCAGUGAAAGAGGAGGCAAGAUCUACUAUGAUGGCAUGGGCCCAGACUUGGCUGAUAUUAAAGGUUCUCUGAGCCUGGCCAUUACCCACCCGCAGUUUUACUGGUACGUGGAUGAGAGUCUGUCCCCGGAGCAUCUGUCCUCAUCCCUGUUACGCAGUGAGAUCCACUUCGGAGCUCCUCUGCCAUCCUACUACUCCCUGCAGGACCGAGCAGAUGAGCAGAGAACACGCUUCAAAAACUUUGUGGUCCAAUAUGCAGACAUCCUGGCCAAGCAGUCUACCAGUCAGGUAAAGGUGCUAUAUGGGGGGACAGAGCUGUUUGAUGACGAGGUGAGACACACCUUCCACAAUGACAUGAUGCUGGCUGUGGUCAGCGGAGCCUGUAUUACUGUGCUUGUCUACGUCCUUACCUCCUUUUCUGUCUUUUUGACUUUCUUUGGACUCGCUAGCAUCGGACUGAGCUGCCUGAUGGCUCUUUUCUUAUACCACGUCGUGUUUGGCGUGAGGUACCUGGGCAUUCUCAACGGAGUUGCAGCGUUUGUUAUUAUCGGUAUCGGGGUGGAUGAUGUGUUUGUGUUCAUCAGCACUUUCAGACAGGCUUCUCAUUUGCAUCAGCCGCAGCAGCGAAUGAUCUACACGAUUAAAACAGCUGGCCGAGCGACAUUUCUGACCUCCUUCACGACUGCGGCCGCUUAUGCCGCUAACACCUUCUCUCAGAUCCCAGCCGUGCAUGACUUCGGCCUAUUCAUGGCUCUCAUCGUCAGCUGCUGCUGGCUUUGGGUGUCUGUCCUGAUGCCAGCCGCCCUUUGUAUCUGGACACAGUUUGUGGAGCCUCGUGAACAUGCCUGGUUGAGCUGCUGGAAGCUGUUUUCGGGCCUGUCGGCGAACCACAGCCCUUUGUCAGAUGAGGAUGAUGAUGUGGCUCUUCUGUCAGUGGAAAUGGAGCCAGGCUUCUGCGACACAGACGGGGAUGCGGCCAUCCUGUCCCUGUCGGUCGAGACACCUCUGUCCCCUCCGGGGCAGCGGCACGUGGGUGUGGUGAGCACCAAUCUCCAGUGGGCCUUGAAGCACUUAGUGGCUGAGCCGGUUGUGGAGCGACGGAAAACUGUUCUAGGUGUCUUUCUCUUGGUUCUGGUCUUCUCAGCUGCCUUCUGUUGUCUCCUGAGGCCGGCCACUCACGCUCCCCUUCUUUUCCGCCAAGAUACAAACCUCCAGAGUCUGCUGGCUCUGCGGAGCAACCUCAGCGGCCAAGGCAUCUCCUGUCCCAUGUGCUCAGGUGUGUUCAUGGAAAAACCCCACCCACUGCCCACCCACGCUCCCUCGUCUGCAUUUUUGUAUUCUACACAUCAGCAGAGGCCGAGCAGGACAACUCCCGCUGCUGCUCCGAGUGAAGUGAAACAGAACUCACUCGCUAACCAAACAGGCCCUCUUGUGACAGUGUAUGUAUCAAAGUUAGACCACGGAGCCUCUACGACCAUUUACCGCUUCUCCCUUAACACCAGCAUCCCGUCCCCAUGGAAGAUGUGCAGCACAGAGCGUGAGGAGGUGUCAUCAUUCCAGGCUUUUAAUCAGCCCCAUGGCAAUUACACCGCCAGAAUGACAGUGUGUGUUUCCCACGUAUACCUCCCGUACGACAGCUGGAUGAUCACGUCCGGCUCGUGUGAUCCUCGUCAUGGCUGGACGCCAGAUUUUUCCUUUUAUGUAGCAUCAUCUCCCCAGCAGCACAGCAGGAAGCUGUACUUUGCUCAGUGCCGCCUGAGACCUCAUCCCAGCCGUGUGUGUGUCAACCCGCCAGGCUGUGGCAUCAGCUCUGGGCCUGAUGGACCUUCACGGGGAAGCUUUUAUACGCCUUUUCCCAGCGAUCCCUCAUCUGCUGCCAAAACGAAUCCAUCCAAAACGUUUGGCUUCAAUCCUUGCAGCGGCGGUGUGUGUGGCCACCCGGCGGUGCGUCCUCUGGUUGACACCGGAGCCAUGGUUUUCCUUGUGUUCGGGAUCCUGGGAGUGAACCGAACCGAACGCAGGGACAACCACGUGAUUGGAGAUAUGGGCAGCAUUAUACUGGAUCCAGACUUUGAUAUUUUCCAGGAGAUGGGGCAUCUGUGCAAAAUCUGCAAAGCUGUUAGUGCAAACACACAGCUCGUGAAGCCGGGAGGAGCACAGUGCUUGCCGUCAGGCAACAAGCUAUCUUCCAUUCUGCCUCUUCUUCAUCCCGAGUGCCACUCUCUCCCUGAACCCAACCUGCUCCCAGGGCAGCUGUCCCAUGGAGCGGUGGGAAUGCAUGGGGGGAAGGUCCGCUGGCUGUCCAUGGCCUUCGAAUCUACCACAUACAAGGGAAAAUCCUCAUUUCAGACGUAUUCCGAUUUCCUUCAGUGGGAGAACUUCAUCCAGGAGCAGCUCGCAACUCUCCCGCAGACCUCUUCUCUGCAAAGAGGCUUUCAGACUUGUGAGCACUGGAAGCAGAUCUUCAUGGAAAUCAUAGGUGUGGAGAGUGCCCUCUGGAGUCUGCUGCUGUCUCUGGCCAUCUGCGUGGCAGCUGUGUCUGUGUUUACCGCACAUCCUCUGCUGCUGCUGCCCGUGCUCGUAACCAUUCUCGGGGUGAUCUGUCUGGUAGUGGCGCUCAUGUAUUGGCUGGGAUGGGAGAUGGGAGCAGUGGAGGCAAUUUCUCUGUCAAUACUUGUUGGAUCCUCAGUGGAUUACUGUCUACACCUGGUGGAGGGAUACCUUCUGGCUGGGGAGACCACACCUUCUAUGCCUUCUCAUAACUUGGAGCCUCAGGCCGAGAGGCAGAGGCGGACUCUGGAGGCAGUGAACCAUGUGGGUGUUGCCAUAGUGUCCAGCGCUGUCACCACAGCGAUCUCCACAGUCCCUCUCUUCUUUUGUGUCAUUGUGCCUUUCGCCAAGUUCGGCCAGAUUGUGGCCAUUAACACGGCCGUCUCCAUUUUGUUCACCCUGACCGUGACUGUGGCCACGUUGGCCUGCGUGGCCCCGGCCCGCUUCAGCAGACACCCAGGCGCUGUACUCAAGGCCAGCCUGGCUGUGAUGGCAGCCGCCUCUUUGGGAGCAGCUCUGUGGUGGGUCGGGGGACAGCUGGGUGCCAUGGCCUGGCAGUCACUCGCCACAUAAACACUACUGAUGUCACACAGAGGCGUUCCUCUGUAUGCAACCUGUGAGAACUAUUUUCUUUUUUCCAUGUUUGUGGAACAACGGCUCAGUACACGGUCACAUACUUUACAGCACAAAGAUGUCAGAGUUAUCAGGUUUUUUUUCUUUGUUUUCACUUGUAUUGAUCAAUUGUUAAGUAUAGAGGGGAAAAAUCCUCACUCUGGGUGUCUCUUUUUAAAAUCUAGUGUAACUGAAUAUGUGACUCAUAAUAGUAGGUUGAUCUUUCUUUGCUGACACAAUGAUUCACACGAGCUGUAUUUUUGGUUUGUUUCCCCCCCUUCAUCUUCAGCCCUAGAUGAUGGAGUAAUUGUUGGGAAACACUGGCUGAGUCACAAUUUUCAUUUGUGUUACUUAUUGAGUUGUGAAGAGUUGCUGACUGUUCUGUGACCUGCUUUUGUGAACAGUGACACGGUGCAGCGCUGCGAUGUCCGUGAAGACCAGUGUUAAUGGUUCACUUUGAUACGUGGCCAUGUUGUGAAGCAUCAGAAUGUUUCUUUGGGUUUUUUUUUUUUUUGUUCGUUAUUUUGUUUUCUUUGUCUCGAUUUUGCACUGAAUGUGAUUUUUUUCAGCCACAUUUGUAUCAGAGCUUAUGAUGUCCCACUGUGGCUGGAUUAAAAGUUCAAUAAACCAAAUUUAUACUCUGUUUUUAUGUUAAAUGUAAUGUAAGGUGAUGUAAAUGUCUGCGUAUGCUGCUCUUACUCAUUCUGAACUGAGCUUUGGAUGCUGCCAACACACACACGUUUAGAAGAACUGUCAAAGCCAAUAUUUAGCACAAGUCACCUUCCUCUCUUGUGACUUCGUUUUAUCUCAGAUGUUACAAAAUGCUUCAAGGUGUCUAUUUUUGUCAUUGGGUUAAAAGAGACCUCUUAUCAGCUCCUCAGGUGUACCCUCCACCACACUCACAGCCUCUCACUGUAACCUGCACUGUUCUCCCACAAUUCAGAGCAGCACUCAAUAGCGGCUCCGCUCUGCCCCGCAGUGAAGGUGACGGCCAUUUGUCAAACCGCACAACAUAAUAACGGUCGGGGGAGAGGGGCCGACUGCAGCAGGAGCAGUAAAUUCUGGUUUAUGUGCGUGUUGUUACUCGUGGAUGUCAAAUAAAACAGGUGCAGAAAAGCUCGGGGUCUUUUCUUUUUGUUUUUCUUCCUCCUGCACCGUUAUGUAACGGAGCGGCGGGAUGACGGCCUGUCGCUGUUUGCUUACAGUCACGUAAUUACCGGGAGAGCUACUGUAGAUUGCUUCGCAUCUCUGGGCGGCUGUUAAUAACUCAUGUGAAAGAGGUCAGAUGAAACAAUGAAUUGCAUUAAUGUUUCAUGCUGGUUAUUAAAUAAAGAGACGCUGUUCUACACAAAGAGGCAUUUUCUACUCAGCGUGAUGGAAAUGGAUGUAAGAAGAUGAGAACAAAUAGGAGUAAAAUUAGAAGGAAAAAAAACCCGUUGACUUUUGUUCUGGAGAGACUUUAAUUUCUACUGUGAAUGGAGAGGAGUGUUUGAAUGUCUGUGUACCUUUCACAUUCAUUUCCUUCUUCUUUUUUUAUUACCGCAGUGCUUCUUGUAGAGUGCGUAGAUGUAUCGAGCUUGAUAUGGACAUCCCUCUCUGUACCUACCUAUCUAUUGAUAUGUCCAACAAUAGCUAUUUCUGUCUACCAUCUAUUGAUAUCUCUCUCUCUACCCCUUCAUUUAUCGAUAGCUCUCUCUCUCUCUCCACCUCAUCUGUAUCGAUAUCUCUCUCAGUACCCAUCUAGCUAGCUAUCUAAUGCUAUUCUCAAUCUCUCUCUACUUAUUCCAAUAGCUCUUGAGAUAUAAAAUAAUAAGAAAUAUUGAGAUGUAUCUCUACUUAUAACUAUAGAUGGGUAGAAAUACACAUAUCUAUUAAUUUACAUGGUACUUUUUUGUUUAGUUUGUAAAAAGAUCUCUCCAAGCCUGCAGUCUUGUUACACAUUUAUGCAUUUGCAGUACUUUUGUUAAGUAAAGGCCCUACUGUCAGGCACUCAAGCAGUUGGUUUUUUUUUGUGCAGCAACAUCGCUCUGCUCCUCAUAUUUUCAUGGAAAGAAAAAAAGCAACAGGAGAGUAAUGGAAUAAUCAGAGGGAGAGUGAUGUUACAUGUAGAGGAAUGAAUAUUUAGCAAAGUGGAAAAGCAAAUGCUUUCCUACUGUCGUCUGCAAUGAAAAAGCUCCCGUCUAUAAAUACUGAAUAACAGAUAAUAUGAAUAAGAGAUAGCCUGUUUAUAUUUGACUUUGUUCUUUUCCUGUGUUUGCAAAGCUUCUUCGAGAAACUUACUUCAAACAGGGACCAUUCAAGUCGUCUGGUCUGUUACUCCUCCUUGCACGUCCUGGGUAAUCUCUGCCAGAACACAAUUUAACUACAGUGGCCUAAAAAAAAAAAAAAACAGGCUUACAGAGCUGAGCUCAAUUAGCAGUAUGAAUAAAAGGUCAGUCAUCAAACAAGUGUGUCAGACCGCAGAAAGCUCAUGCAACAUGGUGCUGAAUAAUAAAUAAAGAGAAGGAAUGAGUGAGCAACAAAGUAUAUUCAACACUGACCAUUGGCUAUACAUUGGAAGGCAAUUUUGGGCUAACUUCAGAAAUACCUCCCCCCAUUACAUUAUAUAUGUAAUCACUAUGACAAUAAAUACCCAGGCUCAUUUGGUUCUUGAGAAAUACUUCAUUGUACCAAGAAAAAGGCAUUUUCUCUGGAGAGAAAUUAUUUUACAUCAGACGUGUAAAUCAACACUGAAACAUAAGUCAUAUCUUUAUUACCCCAUGUUACAGGGCACACACAAUGUUCAAGUAUGCCUGAGGAACUAAAUGGAGCAAUUACAAAAAAAAAAAAAAAUAUAUAUAUAUAUAUAUAUA